CGUGGUCUCGCGGGUGUCCCGCGGGUGGCCGCAGCAGCGCCGGCUCAGUCUUGCCGCCCGCAGCGCCGUGCGACUUCGUCCCCGCCACAGCCCUCGCAGCCAUGUCCAGGCAGGCGCGCCCCGGGCGCGAGGAGAUCAUGGAGUGCCAGGUGAUGUGGGAGCCUGACAGCAAGAGGGACACGCAGAUGGACCGCUUCCGGGCGGCCGUGGGCGCCGCCUGCGGCCUGGCGCUGGAGAGUUAUGACGACCUGUACCACUGGUCGGUGGAGUCAUACUCGGACUUCUGGGCAGAGUUCUGGGAAUUCAGUGGCAUCGUCUUCUCGCGCAUGUACGACGAGGUCGUGGACACGUCGAAAGGGAUCGCAGACAUCCCCGAGUGGUUCAAAGGCAGUCGUCUCAACUACGCAGAGAACCUCCUGAGGCACAAGGAGAACGACAAAGUGGCCCUCUACGUGGCCAGGGAAGGCAAAGAGGAAAUUGUGAAGGUGACUUUUGAAGAGCUGAGACAACAGGUGGCUUUGUUUGCCGCGGCCAUGAGGAAGAUGGGCGUGAGGCAAGGAGACCGGGUGGUUGGUUACUUGCCCAAUGGCCAGCACGCGGUGGAGGCCAUGCUGGCCGCAGCGAGCAUUGGUGCCAUCUGGAGCUCCACGUCUCCCGACUUCGGUGUGAACGGCGUCCUGGACCGGUUUUCUCAAAUUCAGCCGAAGCUCAUCUUCUCGGUGGAGGCCGUGAUCUACAACGGCAAGGAGCACAGCCACCUGGAGAAGCUGCAGCGGGUGGUUAAAGGGUUGCCUGACCUGAGAAAGGUGGUGGUGAUCCCUUACAUCUCGCCUCGGGAGCAGAUCGACAUUUCCCGGAUUCCCAAUAGCGUGUUCCUGGAGGACUUCCUGGCGAGCGGGCCCGGCGAGCACGCCCCCCAGCUGGAGUUCGAGCAGCUGCCCUUCAGCCACCCGCUGUUCAUCAUGUUCUCCUCGGGCACGACUGGGGCACCCAAGUGCAUGGUGCACUCGGCAGGGGGCACGCUCAUCCAGCACCUGAAGGAGCACAUUCUGCAUGGGGACAUGCGCUGCAGUGACGUCCUGCUCUACUACACCACGGUCGGCUGGAUGAUGUGGAACUGGAUGGUGUCCGCUCUGGCCACCGGGGCAUCUGUGGUCUUGUACGAUGGGUCCCCCAUGGUCCCGACGCCCAACGUGCUGUGGGACCUUGUGGACAGGAUAGGCAUCACCAUCCUUGGGACGGGUGCCAAGUGGCUGUCUGUGCUGGAGGAGAAGGACCUGAAGCCGGUGGAAACCCACAGUCUGCAGACGCUGCACACGAUUCUGUCCACGGGCUCCCCGCUGAAGGCCCAGAGCUACGAGUAUGUCUACAGGUGCAUCAAGAGCAGCGUCCUGCUGGGCUCCAUCUCAGGUGGCACUGACAUCAUCUCCUGCUUCAUGGGCCAGAACGUGUCCAUCCCCGUGCACAAGGGUGAGGUGCAGGCCCGGAACCUGGCCAUGGCCGUGGAGGCGUGGAACGAGGAAGGGAAGGCCGUCUGGGGGGAGAGCGGAGAGCUGGUGUGCACCAAGCCCCUGCCCUGCCAGCCCACACACUUCUGGAAUGACGAGAAUGGGAGCAAGUACCGCAAGGCCUACUUCUCCAGGUUCCCAGGUAUCUGGGCGCAUGGUGACUACUGCAGAAUCAACCCCAGGACUGGGGGCAUCGUCAUGCUUGGCCGCAGCGACGGCACGCUCAACCCCAAUGGAGUGCGCUUUGGCAGCUCGGAGAUCUACAACAUCGUGGAAGCCUUUGAGGAGGUGGGGGACAGCCUGUGCGUCCCCCAGUACAACAGGGACGGCGAGGAGAGGGUGAUCCUCUUCCUGAAGAUGGCUCCGGGGCACGCCUUCCGGCCUGAGCUGGUGAAGCGGGUCCGCGAGGCCAUCCGCCUGGGCUUGUCGGCACGCCACGUGCCCAGCCUCAUCCUAGAGACCCAAGGCAUCCCGGUACGUGCCCAGCCUCGUCCUGGAAACCUGGUCCCUUGGCCAGCACCAGAGCUGGUGCCUGUGUCGGGGUCCUGGGGCCAGCAGCACCAUCCUCCCCUCCUCUCCAGGACAGCUUUGAACCGCCCGGUGACACGGGUGUGCCAGGGGUGAGGCUGCCAGGCUGUGGUGAGGACCUGGGCCCAGCUCUGCGGAGGCUCUGGGCGCCCGCCCUACACAGAAGCAGGUCCUCAGCUGCACCCACCUACCCUGCUUGGAUAAGGGGAGGAGACAGGUCCCUCAGAGGGUCAUAGCGACCUCCUGUAUUGCUGAGCGGUGCCUCUGGGUCAAGCCCCAGGGCACCUGUGCGCACAGAGU